UGGCCAGAAGAGUUUGUGCGGGAUGUGAACUCGAGGCUCUGGUUUACGUAUAGAACACGGUUCCCUCCCUUGGAGAGAGACGCCGAUGGCCCUUCGCCUCUUUCCUUGGGGAAUCUGAUACGUGGCUCCAAUUACGACCUACAAAGCGACCACUUCACGAGUGACUGUGGCUGGGGGUGUAUGAUACGUACGGGACAGACGAUGCUAGGGAAUGCUCUGCUCCAUCUACACGUUGACCGUGACUGGAGGUAUGAUCCCAGUAUCAUAUGCGCUAAACAUGAUGAGAUAGUUUCAUGGUUUGCUGAUACUCCCUCGAGGCCCUUUUCUAUCCACAACAUUGUGGAGCAGGGCCGUGUACUUUCGCAGAAGAAAGCUGGUGAGUGGUUUGGACCCUCUGCAACGGCUCGAAGCAUCCAGGCGCUCUGCUCAACAUUCGAUUCUGGGCUUCAGGUCUAUAUCGGGGCAGACAGUGGUGAUAUUUACGAGCAAGACUUGUUCAAAGUUGUUAAGGAUGGCCAAACUGGGGAGUUUAGACCAACGUUGGUGCUCUUAGGUGUCAGGUUGGGAGUGGAUAAGGUCAACAGCAUAUAUUGGCAAAGUUUGAAGGAGCUCCUUGCACUGAAGCAGAGUGUCGGUAUUGCUGGUGGAAGACCAUCAUCAUCUCAUUACUUUUUUGGGUACCAGGGUGAUUACCUCUUCUAUUUAGAUCCUCAUAUACCACAACUUGCAUUGAAGGAUGACGAUCUUGCAGAAAAUUCAGCCAGUGAAAGCACGCAAGUGGUUUCUGCGUUGGACAUCACCACGGUACACACUGAUAAGAUUCGUAAGAUUCAUCUUUCAGACAUUGAUCCUUCUAUGUUGAUUGGAACUUUAAUUCGUGAUGAAGAUGACUGGAACGAUUGGAAGAGAUCCAUC